AUGGCUGAGCGGUGGAGGGAGCUGCACGGCAGCGACCACUGGGAUAGCCUGCUGGACCCGCUCGACGUCGACCUCCGGCGCUGCCUCAUCAACUACGGCGAGAUGAUCAUGGCGACGUACGAGGCGUUCAUCGCCGAGCGUCGGUCCCCGAACGCCGGCAUGUGCCGGUACCGGCGAGCCGACCUCUUCCGGCGCGUGGAGGUGUCCCACCCGGGCUGGUACGCGGUGACCCGGUACAUCUACGCCACGGCCAGCGCCGACGUGCACGGCAAGGUGCUGCUCCGGCCGCUGUGCCGGAACGGGCGCGCAAGGGAGUGCAACUGGAUGGGGUACGUGGCCGUGGCCACGGAUGAGGGCGCGGCCGCGCUCGGGCGCCGGGACAUCGUCGUGGCGUGGCGCGGCACGCAGCGGGCGCUGGAGUGGGUGGCCGACCUCAAGCUCGCCUUCGCCUCGGCGGCCGGGAUCCUCGGGGCGGAGGGCGCCGACGGCUCCGAACCGUCGGUGCACCGCGGGUACCUGUCGCUGUACACCUCCGCCGACGAAGGCUCGGAGCUGAGCAAGCAGAGCGCCAGGAUGCAGUUCAGUACCGUAGUAAACUGGCUGAGCAGGUAUUGA